AUGGUGCCACCACGUCAACCUCAACCUGGGGGAUCCCCUUCCCGCGCGGCGUUCUUCUACGCCACGAUCUACAUGGUGGCGCUGGCGCAGGGCUUCCACAAGCCCAAUGCGCAGGCCCUCGGCGCGGACCAGUUCCCCCGGAGCUCCCCGGACAGCAUCGCGUCCCGCAGCUCUUUCUUCAACUGGCUCCACUUCGCCAUGUGGUGGGGGUUCAUUGUCGCCGUCGUCGGGCUGAGCUACGUGCAGGACAACGUCGGCUGGGAUGCCGUGUUCGGGGCAUCCUGGGCCAUGAUGCUCGCGUCCAUGUCCUUGUUCUUGCUCGGCACGGGCAUGUAUCGUGUCGCCGAGCAGCCACGCGACCGGCGUGCUCUCGCGAGGCUCACGAGAACGUUUGCAGCUACGGCGCGUACAUGGACAGACAUGGUCUUUCGUCGCAGCGCCGCCAUGGACGAUGAAUGUCGUGCCCCCGACGGCGCUGCAGAGCUUCGUGGGCCUGGCCAUCAUCGCGUCCGUCCCGGUCUACGACCGCGCGUUCGUGCCCCUCGCGAGGCGCGUGACCAAGCACCCCUCCGGGAUCACCAUGCUCCAGCGCAUCGGCGCCGGCAUGGCCAUCGCGACCGUCGCCAUGGCCGUCGCGGGCGUCCGGGGGUGGCGGUGCCGAUGAGCCUGUGGUGGAUGGUGCCGCAGUACGUGCUGCUGGGCCUCGCCAACGUGUUCACCAUCGUGGGGCUGGAGGAGUUCUUCUACGACCAGGUGCCCGACGCGCUCCGGAGCGUCGGGCUCGCGCUCUGCAUGAGCAUCAUGGGCGUGGGGAGCUAUGCCAGCGGCGUGCUCGUGUCGGCGAUCGACUGGGCGACGAGGCGCACGGGGGAGAGCUGGUUCUCGGACAACCUCAACCGCGCCCACCUCGACUACUUCUACUGGGCUCUGGCCGGGGUCGCUGCUCUGGAGGUGCUCAGCCUGGGAAUGCUGACGGUAUCAUCCAUGCUGCAAACGCAACAACUUCGUCCCGCCGACUGCCAUGGCACGACCACCACCUGCUCGCCGCCGCCCUCGACGUCAUCGUCACCCGCUCAGCUCGGCUUCUUCUACACCGCGCUCUACCUGCUAGCGCUGGCGCAGGGCUUCCACAAGCCGUGCUCGGAGGCCCUGGGUGCAGACCAGUUCGAUUCCAGCGUGGGCGCGUCACGGAGCUCCUACUUCAACUGGUUCCACUUCUCCAUCUCGUGGGGCUAUGCCAUCGCGGCGACUGCGGUCACCUACGUUGAAGAGAACGUCGGUUGGACGGUGGGGUUCGCCGCGUGCUGGGCCAUCAUGGUGGUGUACCUCGCUGUCUUCUUGCUUGGCAAGCGGACGUACCGGAUAGAGCAGCCGGUGGACGGCAGUUCCUUUGGGCGGAUCACUGAGAAGUUCGUCCUCUCUCAAACUGAUGCCACCAUUGACACCCAACGGCUUUUGGAGACAAAUCAGGACGGGUUCCUCGUUAAGCUGCUUCCUAUCUGGCUGUCGAGCUUAGUGUUUGCCGCGUGCAUCUCGCAGAUCACCACCCUGUUCACCAAGCAGGGUAGCACGAUGGACCGGCGCCUAGGCGGGGCCGCGGGCCUCGUCGUGCCGCCCGCGGCGCUGCAGUGCUGCAUCAGUUUAACAUUCAUCGCCCUUGUCCCUGUCUAUGACCGCACCAUUGUACCCUUCGCGAGGCGCCUCACCGGUCACCCCGGGGGCAUCACCAUGCUCCAGCGCAUCGGUGCUGGGAUGGUCACGGCGUGCAUCACCAUGGUCAUCGCGGCGCUCGUGGAAGCCAAGCGCCUCCGCGUUGCCAAGGACGCGGGCCUGCUCGACCGGCCGGACGUGGCGGUGCCUAUGAGCCUAUGCUGGCUGGUACCGCAGUACGUCCUUAUCGGCCUCGCGGAGGUGUUCAGCUACAUCGGACUGGAGGAAUUCUUCUACGACCAGGUGCCCGAGGCGCUCCGUAGUGUGGGGCUGGCGCUAUGCCUGAGCAUCUUCGGCGUGGGGAGCUAUGCCAGCGGCAUGCUCGUGUGGGCGAUCGACUGGGCCACGAAGAGGGGCGGGGGAGAGAGUUGGUUCUCCGACAACCUCAAUCGCGCGCACCUCGAUUACUUCUACUGGAUCCUGGCUGGCCUCGGCGCUUUAGAGGUGGUCGUGUUCUUGUACUUUGCAAAACAGUAUGUCUACCGAGACAAACCUGAGUAA